UAAAAAAACAAAAAAAACUUUCUCUCUCUUACACGCUCUGAAUCUUAUAUGCUUUUAAAAGCAUAAUCAUUUCAUUUGGGCUCUCAGAAGCCGAAAAGCAUUUCUUCUUUCUCCUUCAAGUUUCUUUAGGGUUUUAUUUAUUUUUAAUUUCUUAUUCUUCUUAACACAGAGCUUUUGGAAUGGCUUUCUCUUCUCUCAUCAAAUCCGCCGCCGCCGCCACCCCUCUCAUUGAAGCCUCGGUUCGGUCCGACCUCUGUCCCUCACCUUCCGAUCGCCUCAAGGUUUCAAGCAUUGGUUUUGGUGGAAAUCUCAACUUCUUUUUUGAUGCUGCAGUUUCAACUAGAUCUUCUUCUUCCUUACAGAAAUGCUAUUCAAGGAGUAUCCAACCCAUCAAAGCCACUGCUACUGAAAUUCCUCCUGCAGUUCCAAAGUCAUGGAGCAGUGGGAAGACAAAGAUUGGAAUCAAUGGUUUUGGUCGGAUUGGAAGGUUGGUUUUACGAAUAGCAAUCUCAAGGGAUGAUAUUGAUGUGGUAGCAGUCAAUGAUCCUUUUAUUGAUGCCAAGUACAUGGCUUAUAUGUUUAAAUAUGAUUCAACUCAUGGAGGCUUUAAGGGAACCAUCAGAGCUUUGGAUGAGUCCACCUUGGAAAUUAAUGGCAAGCAAAUACGGGUUGUAAGCAAAAGGAACCCUGCAGAUAUCCCUUGGGGUGAUUAUGGGGCUGACAUUGUUGUUGAGUCAUCUGGUGUUUUCACAACAUUAGCUAAGGCCUCAGCACAUAUGGAGGGUGGUGCCAAGAAGGUUGUAAUUUCAGCUCCUUCAGCUGAUGCACCUAUGUUUGUGGUGGGAGUAAAUGAGAAGACCUACAAGCCAAGCAUGGACAUAGUUUCUAAUGCUAGUUGCACUACCAAUUGUCUUGCUCCUCUUGCCAAGGUGGUUCAUGAGGAAUUUGGUAUUGUUGAGGGUUUAAUGACAACUGUCCAUGCAACUACCGCAACACAAAAGACUGUCGAUGGCCCUUCAAUGAAGGAUUGGCGAGGGGGUAGAGGAGCUGGCCAAAAUAUCAUCCCUAGUUCAACUGGUGCUGCAAAGGCUGUUGGAAAAGUACUUCCUGAACUCAAUGGAAAGCUUACUGGAAUGGCAUUCCGUGUCCCUACACCCAAUGUUUCUGUUGUGGAUUUAACUUGUCGACUUCAGAAGAGUGCCUCCUAUGAAGAUGUCAAAGCAGUCAUAAAGUAUGCUGCAGAGGGGCCACUUAAAGGCAUUCUUGGAUACACAGAUGAAGAUGUUGUCUCUAAUGAUUUUGUUGGUGAUUCAAGGUCGAGCAUUUUUGAUGCCAAAGCUGGGAUAGCGUUAAGUGCUUCUUUCAUGAAGUUUGUCGCAUGGUAUGACAAUGAAUGGGGUUACAGCAACCGAGUACUUGACCUAAUUGAGCACAUUGUGCUGGUUGGAGCAAAUCGCAACUAAAUAUUUGGAGGCACACUAUUGCUACUGAGGGACGCUGCAAUUUUAGCGUGCUGGAAGUUUGUUUCAGAGGGUAGGCAUAAAUUUGAUAGUACCCGAAAGUUUUUUGUUUGGAUUGCUUGUCUGAUGCAAGGGUUGGGCAUCCCAUAAUGCGAUUAUGAAAUAAUAAAAAUUCAAGUUUGUUUGAGCACCUUAAAGACUCCUUUGUGGCGAAAGUAGGAACAUUAUUUUUUAUAAAAAAUCAUUGUUGGUCAUUAUCUUAUAUUUAAAAAUCUAUAUAUGAUCUGGUUUUAUGUUCAUUUAUUUGUUAUGGUGAUA